AUGGAAAGACGAGCGAGCUUGUGCUCACAGAUUCGCUCAUGCGACACCGCAGCCGCGGUGGAGAAGAUUCACUGUGACAUUGGCGAAUCGGUCCUCUCCGACGUCUUUGUCGCAAAUCUCCUCAUCAAGAAGUAUGGAGAGUGCGGUAGCCUCGAGAAAUCGAGGGAGAUUUUUGACCAGAUCCCGAGCUCCUCCAGGAGUCGAAACAUACACACCUGGAUCGCGCUGCUAUCCGCAUACGUGCACUGCCAGGAUCUGCGAGAAACCAAACGGAUCUUCGAUAGAAUGCCCGAGUGGAACCUGGUCGCCUGGACGAUUCUACUCGUUGCCUACGCUGGCAGCGGCGAUCUCCAGGAGGCUGAUCGAGUGUUUAGAUCGAUGCAAGAGAGGGAUCUCGUUGCCUGGAAUGGGAUCCUAUCAGCAUCUGCCACUGCUGGGCACUUUGCUCGUGUCCAAAACAUCUUCCAAAGCAUGCCAGAGAGGGAUCUAGUUUCCUGGAAUUGCAUGCUAGCGGCAUAUUCCCGUGACACGAAUAUGCAAGAUUUGGAGCGAAUCUUCCGGACAAUGCCUGCUUGGAACAUGGUAUCCUGGGCGACAAUGCUGGCAGCAUAUUCCCGGACAGGGGAUCUAUUAUCAUGUAAAUGUUUGUACGAGGCUAUGCCUGAGAGAGAUUCCUUUUCUUCCACAACGAUGCUAGCGCUUUUAGAGGAAAAAGGCUACCUAGAUCUAGCUCAACGACUAUUUGCUUCCAUGAAAGAGCGGAGUCUAGUAACUUGGACAGUCAUGGUUACAGCAUAUGCCCGGAGAGGGCAUAUUGAUUUUACUGUAGAGUUCUUCAACAAAGCCCCGGAGCUGGAUCGAAUCCUGUGCACUACAAUGAUCGCCGCUUUUUCAGAGGCUGGAUUUAUCGAUAGAGCAAGUGAAAUCUUCCACAAGAUGCUCGAGAGAGAUCUAUGCGCUUGGACUACCAUGCUCGAAGGAUUUGCCCUAAAUGGGGAUCUUGGAAUGGCAAACUUAUGCUACCAAUCCCUCCCCGCUCUAGACGUGGUGUCGUGCAAUGCCAUGAUCGCUGCGUACGGCACCCACGGCCUCACAGGCAAAGCCAAACAUUUGUACGACUCCAUGCCCGUACAGAGCGUGGCAUCCGCGACGCUCAUGGUAGCGGCAUAUUCCCAUUGCGGGAAUGUGGAGGCGGCAAGGUGGGUGUUUGAAGAGUGGUCAGGCGUUCGAGACCCAGGGCUCUCUAACGCGAUGCUGUAUGGUUACUUGAAUUGCGGGUAUGUGGAAGAGGGCGAGCUCCUCUUCGCUGCGAUGGAGGAGGGCCAUCGCGAUUCGUUCUCAUGGAGCACGAUGAUCACCGGGCUGGCCCGGAAUGGGGAUUUCAAGCGCGCGGCAGCGAUCUUUGCUAGGGUUAGCGAGCGGGGAUUGGUGCUGUCGACGGCGAUGCUGCGCGCCUAUUCGGGGUAUGGAUCCGUGGAGGCUGCCAGGAAGAUCUUCGAGGCAAUGCAGGAUUACGACGUCAUUCUCUGGAACUCGAUGAUUCUCGCCUACGCGCAGAACGGCCGAUUGCCCGAGGCGAUGGGGCUUUUUAGGCUCAUGAAUCUUGGCGGCCAGGCGCCCGACGAGAGCUCCUUUGUCACGAUCAUCGCCGGAUGCAGCCAUUUCGGUGUGAUCGACGACGGCAAUAGGUUCUUUCUCUCGCUCCAGCAAGAUUUCCAUCUCCAGGCAUCCAAGAUUCUCUACAGCGCCAUGGUCGAUCUCCUCCAGCGCGGAGGGUAUCUAGCAGAUGCCCAGGAGCUCCUUGCGAAAUUGCCGCUUCUUCCGGCGCCAACGCGGCAGUGGCGUGUCGCAGGCCGCUUGUGCCACGUCUGCACUCCACGUCGGUAA